UUCAACCUUUAAAGAUAGCCCAUGUAUGACCUGCUUAACGUGAAGCCUUGGUAAAACUGUCGGGGAUCCAGUUCCAAUCUAUCAUACGUGCAAGACGUAUUUCACUGCCCUAGGCAACCAGAAGGUAAAUUAUUCUAACCUGCUCUUAAAGACUAUGUUAUUAUAAUUUACUGUGCAUUAGUUUAAAACUGUAGUUUUUAAGAUGUAACUCCCUGAGACUACUCUAAUGACCUUAAAAUGUCCCUCAGAACACAGUAGAAUCAAUUAAAGAACCAACAAAAGAGGCAGGUUCUGAGGAUGUAAGUGAAUGAAGUAAAUGUUACUUAAGUCCCUGCAGACAAAAAUCAGCAUGCCUCAGAAAAUAGCCAACAUAACGGAAUUCUUGCUCGUGGGAUUUCCUGAUGACUGGAUACUACGGAAACUGUAUACGGCCCUCUUCUUCCUCAUUUACCUGACAGCCUUGAUGGGGAACCUCCUCGUUGUUACACUCACCACCGUUGACCAGCACCUCCAAGCCCCCAUGUAUUUCUUCCUAAAGAAUUUGUCCUUAAUUGACAUGUGCUAUAUCUCUAUCAUUGUCCCCAAGUUCAUCAUGAACUCUCUGACUAACAGCCAUUCCAUCUCCUUCCUAGGAUGCGCCUCACAGGUUUUUCUCGUUAUUUUUUUCUCGGGCACAGAGUUUGCUCUCCUUAUUGUCAUGUCUUAUGACCGCUACGUUGCAAUCUGCCAUCCUCUGCACUAUGAGACCAUUAUGAAUAGAGGUGCCUGUGUGCAGAUGGUGACUGCAUCAUGGCUCAGUGGGUGUGCCUAUGGAUCCAUUCAUGUGGCAGGUACAUUCUCUGUCAAUUUCUGUGGGUCCAACAUAGUUCAUCAGUUUUUCUGUGAUAUUCCAUCAUUGCUUACACUUGCUUGUUCUGGGGAGCAUAUUUUAGAAUAUGCAUUUAUCGUUGCUAGCUGUUGUUUUGCUUUUGUGUGUUUCAUUUUAAUGGUUGUUUCCUAUUUUCAUAUUUUCUCAUCUGUCUUAAGGAUUCUGUCCACUCAAGGAAGGUACAAAACUGUCUCCACCUGCAUGCCGCACCUCACUGUGGUGACCUUGUUUCUCUCUUCUGGAUUUAUGGCGUACUUAGGCUCAGCCUCGAAAUCCCCAUCCUCGGUGAACCUCUUUAUGUCUGUGUUAUACUGCUUGUUACCUCCUACUCUGAAUCCUGUCAUUUACAGUUUUAGGAACAGGAACAUGAAAGUGGCCCUCAGCAAAAUCUUUUGUGGAGAAAUGGCCUCAAAGAUGUAAAUGUCUAAAAUAUUAAUUAUUUUAAU